UCGCCAGCGCUUGGUUGGUGUGACUCUUUCCCUGCGUCUCUGGGCUACGUGUGCUUUCUAACGGAAAUAAUGCAUGCCGAAGCUGUUUGCAAACUACUUGAAUCGAUGAAUAAUGUACUCUCUGAAUUAACUCGAGAAUUGAAUCAUAGAGAAAUGAAAAUGAAGAGCCGCUUUUAAAAACUUUAUUCAAUACAGCCUUUUAAUUAAAUCGUAAUAAUUCGCAGAUAUCGUAUUAUGUAUCGAUGCAACAUCGUACAUCGUAAAAUUGUAUUAAUUGAAUGCUUCUUCAAAUCAUCUACCACUAGCAAGGCGCGAUGCUGUACGUAUGUCUUUAUCGUUUUAACAUUUUAACGCUCGCAAUUGCAGUCGUGGCAGCGAUGAGCGGAAACAAGGAUUACAAAUCGGCCACGUCGAUCUACGACUUUACGGCGAACUCCAUCAAGGGAGAGGAAGUCCCCUUGUCCAACUACAAAGGCCACGUGUGCCUGAUCGUAAACGUUGCCUCGAAAUGCGGUCUCACACCGACAAAUUACAAAGAAUUAAACGAGCUUUACGACGAGUACGCCGAGUCGAAAGGAUUGCGAAUUCUCGGGUUUCCUUGUAAUCAAUUCAACGGACAAGAACCGGGAACAAGCGAGGAGAUUUGCACCUUUGCUGAUCGUCAGAAAGUGAAAUUCGACAUGUUUGAGAAAAUCAACGUGAAUGGAGACAACACGCAUCCGCUUUGGGCGUAUCUGAAGAAAGAGCAGGGUGGCCUGCUCGGUAACUUCAUAAAAUGGAAUUUCACCAAGUUCAUCGUGGAUAAAGAGGGCAAGGUCGUCGAGCGACACGGGCCGAACGUGGAUCCGCACAAGCUGAAGGAUUCCCUCGAGAAAUAUUUCUAAGUUUUAGUUUUCCUCCAGUUACUUCAUCUUUUAUGAACAACAUUGGUUGGCAUUUAAAUGGGAAUUAGUAAUUAGCCACUUACUUUUUGUAAUUCACUUCAAUUUUUGUAAUAGAAUAUAGACUCUAUGAUAUGCAAAA